GGAAAAAUGCAAGAAGGUGAAGUGUGGGCUCCCGAUGCUACUCACGGUUUCACCAAGGGAACUGUGGUGGAGAUAGGAUCGGAGACUCUCACUGUACAGACUCCUGAUGACGCGUACAUUGUAGCCGCGUACAGCAAAGUGUUUCCAACUUCUACUGAGUGCCUUGUGGACGACAACUGCAUGCUGUUGCAGCUGAACGAGGCCAGCUUGCUCGACAACAUAAAAUGCCGCUUCCUCAUCGGCAAGAUAUACACGUACACGGCGAAUAUCCUAACGGUUGUUAACCCGUACCGAGAUCUGUCUGCUCUGUACACAGAUGCUCUGAUGAAUGAUUACAAGGGAACCUCUCUAGGCAAACUGGACCCUCACACCUUCGCGAUAGCUGAUAAAGCGUACACAGACAUGAUCUACCGUGGAGUAAGUCAGUCAGUGAUUGUGAGCGGGGAGAGUGGAGCAGGGAAAACCGAGACAACUAAACAUGUCCUGAAGUAUCUAGCGUCAGUUUACGGCAAGAGUUCUGCUAAUGGAAUUGAAGACAAGCUCCUUCAAGCGAACCCCCUCUUGGAAGCGUUUGGAAACGCGCAAACUGUUCGUAACAACAACAGCAGCAGAUUUGGAAAGUUCAUCGAAGUUAACUUUAAUAAAGCUGGCGAGAUAGUGGGGGGUCACAUAAACACAUACCUGCUGGAGAAGUCCCGGAUAACCCACCAGAACCCGAGUGAGCGGAGUUACCACAUCUUCUACCGACUGUUAGCUGGGGCUAGUCAGGAACUGAGAAGGGAGAUUAGACUUCGUGAAAUAAAGGAGUACAAGUGCUUAUCGGAGGGGCGGUCAGGCAACAUGAGGGACGCGGAGCAGUUUGACGAGAUAUCUGACGCGCUGCGUUGCAUUGGAGUACCGGACACAGAGAUACACGAGAUCUACAAGAUAGUGUCGGGAGUGAUGGCGUUUGGGAACGUUGAGUUUAUAGAUAGCGGAGACACUAGAGGAGGCAGUAAAGUGUCACCAGAGUCUUCAGACUGGAUAGAGAUUGCUGCCACGUGUCUCUCGUUGGAGGGAGAUGAUUUAAGACAUUCUCUUACAUCCCGUCUUAUGCAGACCAAGAACUUGAAGAAAGGAACAACUUACAUGGUGCCGCUGAAAAAGAAAGAGGCGUUACAUAACCGUGAUGGUCUGUGUAAGUCCCUGUACACACGGCUGUUUAACCACAUAGUCAAGCAAGUUAACCAGAGUCUACCGCUCUCAGACAAUUCCAACUGUUAUAUUGGGGUCCUGGAUAUUGCUGGCUUCGAAUAUUUCGAGACAAACUCAUUCGAGCAGCUCUGUAUAAACUACUGUAACGAGAAGCUGCAACAGUUCUUCAACAGCAGAGUAAUCAGGGAGGAACAGGACUUGUACAAGGCUGAGAACCUGGGUGUUAACGAGAUACAGUUCUCUGACAACCAGGAUUGUAUCGAGCUGAUAGAGCGUGGGUUUGUACUGCUGGAUGAGGAAGCUAAACUGCCCACUAGUUGUGAGAAACACUUCACCUCUCUGCUUCACGAACAAAACAGACGACACUUCAGACUUCAGUUGCCGAGGAAGAGUAAGUUGUCGAGUUACCGCUCUAUGUUGGACGAGGAAGGUUUCAUUAUCCGACACUACGCCGGGGCUGUGUGCUACAACACGGUUGGUUGGUUGGACAGGAACAGUGACACACUCCACAGCUCGCUGGAGCAGCUAAUGCUGACCUCCGAAAGUGACCUGGUUGCCAGGCUGUACAGUGAUAUACAGGAUGUGAAGUGUAAUAAGAAGAUGGUACAGGACAGUGUCGGAGGAAAGUUCAAGAAACAACUAAAUACGCUGCUUGAGAAGUUACAGGGCACUGCUACUAGUUUCAUCAGGUGUAUCAAGCCAAACCAACACAUGGCACCUGCCGAGUUUGACGGAGGAAAAGUAUUGAACCAGCUCAUCUCGCUUGGUAUGGUCACAGCACUGGCGUUGAUGCAGGCCGGCUUUCCAAGCAGGAUCGCUUUUAAAGAUCUCUACGACAUGUACUCGUCCAAUCUGCCCGACAAGCUGAAAUCGCUCCAUCCCCGAAUGUUCUGCUCGGCACUAUUUCGAGCCAUAGGUAUGAGCCCGAAUGACUACAAAUUUGGGGUUACCAAGAUUUUCUUCCGUCCAGGAAAGUUCGCAGAGGUGGAUCUGUUGAUGAAGAGCAGCUCACAACAUCUGAUUGAUAUGAUUUCACGGGUGGAGAAGUGGGUACUCCGUCAAUGUUGGAGAAGAGUACAAUUCGCAAUCCUGGCAUUUAACAAAUGGACGAAGAUAGCUCGCUGGAGGACGGGCUGUAUAAUUAACAUACAGAAAAACUACAGAAUGUGGUCAACCAGACGUAACUACCUGCCAAGAAUAGAGGGAGUAAGAGCUAUAAAGGGAAGCAUGUCUAAAAUUACAGUAAUGAUUGAGAUCGCAAGUAAGAUAAAGUACGACAGAGAUGCAGUUAAUAAAGAGAUUGAUGAGAUGAGACAGUUUCUGGACGGAGAAAUGGGACAACUCAAGGCUGGUCAGGUUCAUACUGACCUCAUACAGCUCAAACUGGGACAGAUUGAGGACCAAGUUAAACGUCUAUUAGACAGGGUGAAGGAGACGCAGGACUCAGAUAAAUUGAGGCAGAUUCAGGAGGAUAUGGAGGCUGAGAGAUUGAGACAAGAAGAGGCAGAGAGACAGAGGAAAUUGGAAGAGGAGAGACAAGCUGAAGAGAGACGCAUAAAGAAAGAGUUGGAGGAGAAGAGGCUGAGAGAAUUAGAAGAACAAAGGAAGAGAGAAGAAGAAGAAAGAAAGAGACUGGAGCAAGAAAGAGAACGAUUAGAACGAGAACGUUUGGAAAGAGAAGAAGAAGAGAGACAGGAGGCACUUAGAAAAGAACAGGAGGAGAGGGAUAGGAUGGUAGCUCUGUCUAUUAGUGAGGACAAUCAGGCGACACUUGUUAAGGAGGAAGUUUUAGUUCCGAUCGAGAAAGAUACGAAAGGGGGCCUUGAUAGAAACAACAUAAAAGAUUGGAAAUAUUCCGAACUGAGAGACUGUAUCAACACCUCCUGUGAUGUGGAACUACUGGAAUUGGCAAGGGACGAGUUCCACAGGAGACUGAAAGCUUACCAAGCUUGGAAACAGAAGAAUCUACAACGGAAGAAGAAGGAAGCAGCAAAGCCAGAUCUUCCUCUGUCAUCUGUACCUGAGGCUCCCGUACAAUCCUUCAGAAAGGAAGAGGAUAAACCAAAACACGAACACAGACUGUUCAAAGUGCCGUUUGUGUACCCCUCCUACAACAACCCGAGUGUGCGAGGCUGGUGGUACGCUCACUUCUAUGGCAAGUGGAUUGUUAGACAGCUAGAAAUACACCCUGAGAAGGCACCACUGUGUCUUAUUGCUGGUAGAGAUGAUCUGAAGAUGUGCGAGCUGCAACUGCAAGAAACUGGUCUGACUAAAAGGAAAGGAAGCGAGAUAACAAUGAAAGAGUUUGAUGACUUGUGGGCUUGUUGCGGAGGAGGCACCUACGUUCUAAGAGAAGAUCAGUGAGACACUUCACACCACGUGACAUGCAGAAAUGUACAGCAAUUACACCACGCUGUCGGACUUGGGUCGAAAAAUGUUGUUGAUUUUAAGGAGAUGAU